CGGGAGAAGCGUUGGACGGGAGUGACCGGUGGGGCGUUGACAUGAUGGAAAUUGGAUCGGAGUUUCGGUGGGGUUUCGUUCUGGCGAGAGUGUGAAUGACUGGUAAAGAUUUUUUAGUCAUAAAUUUGGGGUGAGCCGGUCAAUGGAUCAUAGAGAGAGAGAGAGGGGAGGGAUCUUCUUCUUCUAUUCGAACUUUAAUGAAAAUUGAUCCUUCAAUGAAAGUUGAUCCAAUCCGAACCGAACCGACCGAACCAAACCCAACCAACCGGUUCGAGUUUUUACACCCGUAUUUCAGAAUUUAAUUUCCAGGGGCUUGGGAUGGCUUAGGGCUGAACCCCUUGGAUCAACAAUUUUCAUUUUUCCGUAUCAGUUCCCAUUGUUUUCUCUUUCAAGAACCUCCUCUUCACUUCAUUCGCUUAUCACUCUCAACCUCGAUUCCUUCGUUCUCUCAUAGAAAACUUGAUGACACGGCGUCGGAAUUUGAUUGUUGCCGUUGGGCUGAUAGCCUUUGCAUCUGCUGGAUUAGCAUUUCCCUUUUACAUGGCGUCUUCAAAAAAACCAGUUAUAGAUCCGACAAAGCCGCUUCCACCACAGGCCACUUUUCGAGGUCCUUAUAUCAACACUGGCUCCCGAGACGUUGGACCCGACCAUCAAACUUACACCAAGAAGUGAUUUCUUUUGAAUCUUUGCUUCGUUUCCCAAAUGUAUCUGUUGUUUUAUUUCAAUGUAGAAGAAGACUGCGUGAAUUCUUGUUCUUCUCAUUUAUGGAGAAACAAUAGAGUAGUUCACUUGAUAUACAAAUCAAAUCUUUGUAGAUUAUAGAAA